AUGAAAUGUAUACAUAUAUAUAUAUAUAUACGAAUGCCGCCCAAAUUGCUGUUGCUGUUGUCGUUGUCGGUGGUGGUGGUAUUUUGUUUGGAUUGUGGUUUUUUUUCCCUGUACUGUCACUUACAAACCAGAAGGGAGAAGAAGGGUACAUUUACUUGUUUGUUCACCCCCCGUUACCCUCCACAUAUGACGACGUACCGCAAGCAAAUUGUGGGGAAGUAUGAAUUAGGGAAGGUCCUUGCAUCCGGUUACUUUGACUGUCGAACGCGUCUCUGCACGCACAUUGUGACAGGGGCGCAGUACGUGGUGCGCAUCUACAACAAGAGUGUGUUGGCCGAGGCGCAGUGGAUGUGGGACCGCACCCGGGAUGCCAUCAAUGUCAUGCGCACGCUGCCCAAACACGAGAAUCUCAUUGAGACGGUUGAAUGUUUUGAGACUCAGACCUCUCUGUAUAUUCUCAUGCAGCUGUUCGCCCCGCUGCAGGUGACGAAGCUAUACACUAGUGAAACGGCCUCCGGGCAUCGUGUUAUGAUUCCCAUUCAGCAAACCAAACAUUACUACGCCCAGGUGGUCCGCGGGCUACUUCACAUGCAUGAACACAAUGUCGUGCAUCUUGGACUUGCCCCGGAUCAUGUGAUGGUGAACGAUCGGGAUCAGGUGAAGAUUGGGUACCUUGUCUCCUGCGCAUACUUCCCAAAAGGGGAAAUGUGUCAUGAUAUUCGCGGAACGACACACACAGUUGCACCGGAAGUGCUGCGGAAUGAAGGAUAUGACCCCUACCUUGCCGAUGCGUGGUCCAUGGGAGUGUUGUUGUAUUUCAUGCUGCACCACGGCCGAUACCCGCACGAUGGUGCCAACACAACGAAGAAUAUUAUGUACAACCGCAUCCGUCCUCCCGAUCCCACCCUCUCCCCAGACGCGAGGGACCUCCUGGCACGGCUCUUGCAUCCCACACCCUCGCGGCGCAUGCGUGUUGAGAACAUAAUGUCACACCCCUUUUUUGCCGCAAAUCAGAGCGACACGGACAAUGCAGAGGGGCGUGGUGCUGGACGCUUCGUGGUGUCAUCACCGGAGACGUAUUGCACGCUUGACCUUGCCACGGGCGAGGACACUGUAAACAUACAAAUUCCAUAUGGUCUGAGUCGACAGGAGGAGGCCGCAUAUAUUAUUCAACACACAUACCGUGCAUACCGUUCCCGCAAAUGGCAACAACUUUCUCAGAGGAAAUCAUCCGUGGCAAAAGACCCGGCAGCGCCGCGACACAACAAAAUCGGUCGUCGGCCGUCUUUUAUGUCAGGGGUCGCAAAUCCGUUAUUGUCAGAGCCCCCAGAAGUGGAGGAUGUGAAGGGGUUUGUGAGCCACCGCACAGAUAGGCGACAAAGUCGAGGAGGUGCGAUUGCUGCCCCUCCCGAUAUGCCACGUUUUGAUGACGCAAGUGUGGGAAGUGGAUCGGCAAGCGAAAUCAUACGGGAUGUGAAUGACUCUGUGGCUUUUGUUUUGGAAAACACGGUGGCGGUCCCGUCGUCCGCCGCCACACCGGCAUUGGAGAACGCGGUGAAAUCUAAAUAUUCGCCCUCUUAUUCACGCACCCACAACAGCACUUUGAGCAGCAUCACAUCCCCCAGAAGAGGGGACGCUGGACGCACGAAGACGGCAUCGUUUGCCCCCCGUUUAGAACACGACGCACGUACCGAUGAAAAAAACGUGGAGAACGUCGUGUCCCUCAUGUCAAACAUCAAAAUUGAUGCGACACGCCCGUGUCCACUGUGCCAUCGACUUCCGAUGCAGCGGCUGGCGGGACGCGAGCCGUACGCGAACACACCGUUUGUCUACCAAAAAGGGGAGUGUAUCCCGAGGGUUUUGGAUUGA